AUGCCUUUUCAACUUCCUCCACGUUCUAGGCUCGAUCCUAAGAGACCCUUUUACCUCACCAGAACGAAAAGAAUGCCACCAUUUUCGACAUUUUAUAUUUCCGAGGAGUCAUUGGCGUUGGGAAACGAAACAGAUGAUACUGUCGAUAGGAAAAAUGUUAGAGAAAAUGAGCCAGCGAUUCCUACAGAAUGGUCUCUCAGUGUAUUACCUAGUGGCCGACGAUAUCCAGGGAGUACUAUUAGGUCCUCGAUUAGGGGUCGACGAGAUCCCCAGUCUGAUGAAGAAUCUCUAACAGGAGCUAGCCGAAAUCAAUACAGGAAUAUAAUCAAGUACCCAUUGCCCGGUCCUUUGUCGCCGCACCUUGCAGAGAACAGGAAACUAUGGAUCAAGAUGUUUGUGGUCUUUUGUGUGCUUUUGAUCACUACGAUAAUGGGCACAAUGUCUAUAUACUGGGGGGGUGACCAUUCAUUACAAUACAACAUACCCGUCUUAACCAUCGCAGUCAUCGAUUUUGAUCAUUCGGAAAUCGGCAAUUAUCUCCAGGACAUGGCGACAGCGGCACGAGCCAAAGACUACGACCACUCGCUGGGGUUCGUGAACCAAGAUGGAACUUCCACGUAUGGAAACAUGGAUAAUGUUCGCGCGUCCUUGCACGAUCAGAAGUUCUGGGUGGGCAUCGUAAUAACGGAGAAUGCUACGAAUGCCAUGAAUCAUGCGUAUGAAAUUGGGGACGAGUCGUACGAUCCCAAUAGCGCAAUUCAUGUUUUCUACGAGGAAGCUAGGAAUGCACUCGUUAUUGGAGGAGCGGUGUACCCGAAGUUACUCGAUUUUUUAAACGAGUUCGUACUUGAGUUCUCGAAGCAGAAGCAGAACACUUUUCUGCAGGGAAUAGAUGGGUCGGAUAUGGACGCUCUGCAGAGACAAGUUCGAAAUCCUGUUGCAGCAGGAUUUACGGUGUUCAACAUGGCACCGGCAAUACCAUCGACAGCCGAAGCCGCGACCGAGAUUGGAACGAUCUACCUCAUUAUCGUUUCUUUUCUCUCCGUUCUCAUGUUCGACAAAGUCAGCGAUACAAUCAUGGGAACAAUUCCCAUGAACAUCUACUACGUCUAUCGUUUAGCCGUCCUCCCUAUCGUCUUUCUCUUCCUCUCCCUCUUCUAUCUAACGCUCUCAUGCAUGUGGCACAUACCAUUCUCUCUUCACUUUGGACCAGCCGGCUAUCCCCUCUACUGGAUGCUCUCCUGGAUCUCCAUGAUGGCCUUCGGUCUCACGAUCGAAAACGUCAACAACAUUCUCGGCAUGCCUUUCACACCCGUUUUCUUCGUCUUCUGGGUCAUCUCAAACGUGACUACCGGGUUCUAUCCCACCGAGAUGCUCAACGAUUUUUACAAGUGGGGAAUCGUGUGGCCCUUGAGACAUGAUAUGAUGGGUGCGCGCGCAAUCAUUUAUGGGACGAAAAAUACAUUGAGACAGAAUUUUGGGGUGCUGAUUGGAUGGGUGCUGAUUAGUUUACUGUUGAUGCCGGGGACGUUGUGGGUACAGAUGAGGAAGAAAAGAGCGAUACGAGAGGAGAAAAGUAAGGUGAUCCUGGAGAAAGUUUGGGGGGCCCCAGGAAAGGAGAAGGGGGGGAGGUUGAAGUUGCCGAAGCUAAGUCCGCCGAAAUGA